AUGUUCAGAGGACUCUUCUUUGCUAGAGGACUAGCUACAUCUGUUCGGAAUGUUGAGAGCGUUAGGAACACAUUAAAGGCAAGUGAUUCAAGAAAGACGUUCUUGAUUGACAUGUAUACCCAUUUUUGGCGUGAAAAUGAAAUUGUUUUGCUGGCUCACCAUAAUAACUUGCUAUCGACCGAGAAUGAAAGUAUUCGUAAACAACUAAGGAAAAUUGACUCAAAGCACACUGAAAAUAGAUUGGAAUUUAGGAAGCUAAAAGGUUCAUUAUUUAGAUAUUUCCUGAGGGCAAAUGGACAUCAGGAUCCAGCAAGUAAAGCUGCAGCAAGGUGGAUCAAGAGACACAACAUCAGACAUCCGCUGGAAAAUUUGUGUAAGGGACCAACGGCAGCCAUUAUCAUCAAAGAAUUAGAUCCGAAAUUAGUUAAGGAUGUUAUCAAGUUUUUGAGCACACAGAAGGACAGGUUGUUUGUUAUGGGUGGUAAGGUUGGAGAUGAGAUUAUGACGCUAGAGAAUCUCGAAGAGUUUAAGAACAUGUCAUCAUUACCUGAAUUGAGAGCGGAACUAGUGGGCUUGUUAAAUAUGGCAUCUGGUGGCGGUGUUACCAGAACUUUAGAAGCUGCUUCAAGUACGUUAGCAAUGACUUUAGAGAGUCGUGUCAAUGAGCUUGAAAAAGGUGAGAUUAAGGAGUAA